AUGGCUUCUUAUAAACCCUAUCCAGGAUCGGAUUCCAGCAACCCUACGAGCUCUCCAGGUGAAGCCAACAAUAACCACUACUCCACUCCGAGACUCUCAUCACCAGCAGCAGCUGAGAGUAACAGACACACUUCAGUUUCGACCUUGCCCGCAACCGCAGAGUGGGAUCAGUUGCCGUAUCCUUCCUUCAACAACUCAAUACACCAUAAGUCACAGAGAUCUACAUCGCCUCGUUCACCACGAAGUCCAAUGUUGCCACCUCAAACAAUCAGCAACCGGAGAUUCUCUCCCAGGGAGUCUCCUGCCAUCUCAAGGCAGCCAUCCCAACGAACCAGAGCCAGAUCAUCCACCGUCACUUCUGAUGAUGGUCGUUCUGUGUUCAUGUCUGAGUUCCGCAAGCAUUCUGGAUCAGGAGCGCGACCAGAUAUGAAAGGCUUGUAUGCAGAUCAAGUUGGAUCUGAACAGGCUAUUGCAUCUGAUGACGACUCUCUUGUUAUCCCAGGGACCAUGCCCAGAUCCAAUCCAAUUCCCAGAUCUGAGAUCGAAUCCGAACCCAUGGAGCGGACCUCAUCAUCGAAGAGGUCUUCCAAGAUAUUCACAAGAGGCCGAGUCUCCCCUGACGGCUCUAUUGCUGGUGACGACUCCGAGUCUGGGUUCAUGGCAAAGGUGUCCAAACUGUUGAAGACCAAAGAGAGCAAACAAGACCUCAUCAAUGACAUUCUGGCAGAUGAAGCGGCCAACGGAAACUCCCAAAUGUACGAGGAGCAUUACCAACAAAUGCAAGCAGGGACUCUGCCUGUUGAAACGCAACCCUCAGCCGUAGCGUUCUCACCACAAUACCCACUUCCAUACCACUACCCCGAAACUGUGGCUCAUAUACAGAUACCCCCAGCUGGAACUCAGCUCGACAAGUCUGCUGAGUAUGACCUUAUGAUGCAACGACAACAAGAAGAGUUUGCAGCUGAUUUGGAACCGGGUGAUUCAAAGGUGCCCAAAAGGAAGUCCAAUUCAAAGAAGAGCAGGAGUGCUUCGCCUUCCCUUCAUGGCAUUGGAAUUGAUGGAAUUGAUGGCAUGAUGAUGGUAGAUGGCUCGAUCGACCCUCUGACCGCGGGCCAUUUUACACACAGCAAGCAUCAUCGUUCCAAGUCCAAGACAUCCAAAAAGUCACCGACAAUGUCACCUGCGAUGCUACCCACUAACCCACAAUCCAAGACGGUGCCCUACCCGUCUCACCUUUCUCGAAACUCGAGUCCGCCCAUUGACAUCCUAGAGCUGUCUGCUUUGGAUAAACCUUCAAGCAGCCGUCGCAAGAUGAAGCGAUCUAGUAAGAAGAGUCAAACCGACUAUGGCAAGAUCAUGCGCCACCUGUAUAACUCGAUCCCGUCUCUCGAUGUCAUUGUCAAAGUAGUCAUGGAGCCUGUCGAAACUGCAAGAAAGUCUGAAUAUCCCAAUUUGGCAAUUGUUAUUGCUGUGGUAGAGCUGCUAGUGUUUAUUUGGUUGCUUUAUCAGGCAAUAAUCAUUGUUGAAUUUGCAUGUGCCGUUAUUCGGUUCAUUUGUUAUCCGGCCAUCUACAUCCUGAAGGCCAUUGCGUCUCCAUUUGCAUCCAUAAAGAGAGUCUGA